UUCACUGAUGAGUUGUAAUUCGUGUGAAGAAAAGGUGGAUAGAAGACGCUUGUGGCGCCAUCACAAUUAGGUGCCCUCCUCUCUCAACCUGUCUUAUCACAAGCUCCCAGACACCGCAGCCUUUUAAAGUGCUGAAACUAAAGCACUUAAAUCUAAUUCUGCGGAACAGCAAAUCGUUUUGGAAUAUCACCCAGAUAGAGCAGGACUGAAGUAUUUGACGGAGGCAAAACUCUUCCUAUGGCAAAUGACACAGAGAAUGACCCAUGCCACAGCAAUCUGCACAUUGACAAGGGGAACCCGCGCAUCAGCGCGAUCAUGUUCUCCGCCGGAGUGAUAGGGAACUUGGCCGCUUUGAUCCUUUUGGAGAUCCGCCGCAGGAAGUACCAGAGCCGGCAGCGACUGUCGCUCUUUCACGUUCUGGUCACCACGCUGGUCGUCACGGACCUGAUGGGCACCUGUCUGGUCAGCCCUUUCGUCCUGGCUGCCUAUUCCUUAAACACCACCAUUAUUGCUAUGUUUAACACUGAACCUCCUGCAAUGUGUGAGUAUUUUGGAUUCUGUAUGACUUUUUUCAGCUUGGCCACUUUAUUUCUCCUCUUCGCCAUGGCGCUCGAGCGAUGCCUCUCAAUUGGCUACCCCUACUUCUACGGGCGGCACAUCACUAAACGUUGUGGAUACAUCACCAUUCCUUUCAUCUAUUUAGUUUGCGCGGUGUUUUGCAUCAUGCCCUUUAUGGGUUUCGGGGACUACGUGCAGUAUUGCCCGGGGACGUGGUGCUUCAUUGACAUGAAUCCGUUAAUGCCCGAAGACCGUGUUUACCCAGUCCUGUACGCAACUGUUAUGCUCAUUUUAGUCCUUUCUGUAGCGGCUUGUAACGCCUUUGUCGUUUAUCACCUGGUUUUGAUGUACCGGAGGCGCAAACUAAACGGGGGAUCCGUGACAACUCGGAGUAAGAAGGACCGGAGAGUCCUCUCCAUGUCCGAAGAGGUCGAGCAUCUCAUCGUACUGGUGUUCAUGACGGUGAUAUUCAUGAUUUGCUCCCUUCCUCUGGUGAUCCGUGUGUACAUAAACUCCGUGGGCCAGCGGAAAGAGAGCCACAAGACGGACCUCAUCGCCCUCCUCUUUCUCUCCACCAACUCCAUCGUGGACCCCUGGGUGUUCAUCUUCCUCAGCCCGUCAGUGCUGCGCUUCUUCUGGGGAGCGUUGUGCAAGGUGCCCCUCCUGCGCUCCAGGUAGUCCUUCUUCAAGUCUUCCCUGGGGAAGGACACACCCGCCCAGCUGGAGCUGUGCCAUCCCAGUGCUUCCUCUGAGUUCACCCACCCUCCAUGUCCACGCAGAUGGUUUGACCCGCUGAUGUAUUGGACCUGAUUGGGGCCUUGUAAUAGCCUCCGAAGGGAGUAGCCACUCAGAAUUGAGCUGCUGCCCACAUGUCCCGGCCUGCCCAGUGGUCUGGUUCUAUGGCAGGGGGAAAGGUGUUGAGGUGUUGAGCUACAACAGCUGGACAAGCGGAGCAGCAACCUACACAUUCCUGCAAACGUAGGCUGCAGCGUUCUUGUUUUAGAACAAGCUCUGAGAGGCUCAAAUUGGAAGACUCCGGAGGCCAGCAGCAGACGGACAGUUGGACUCGAACUCCAAGGAGAGUGGGGUUGCAUUACGGGUCAUGUUCUUAAAAGCACUACACGUUUUAUGUUCUUACAGCAUGGACUCCCAAACCAGAGACCACUACAAGGACAGCAACAUAGGAUUCACAACACUGAAGGGACUAAAUCAAAUAAGGACUGUAUUUUAUAUGAGUUGAUCAUGUUCCAGAGGCUUGCGUUGUUGGCGCCAUGCCCUUUUAGCAUGCCCCGGGACUCCCAGGGAAGUUUCUUUGUAUUGAGACGUUCCUUCCACUAUCAUAUGACAUCCUUGUGGUUUGGGGAAUUGCGUAUCAUGAAUAGAACAUUCAAGAGACUUCAUCCAUGUGAUGCAAGCUGGAUUCACACACACUAUCCCUGCUCCCUGCAUCUGUGAUCUGUUCACCUUUCCUCCCACUGGGUGCUCACCUCGAAAAGCCAAAGGGCAAGGGCUCGAGAAUGACAUUUAUUUUUGACACCUUCUUUUGUCACAUGGUUGAGUGGCACUAUGAACUUGGAACCAGAUGUUGGUUAUUUGAAGUUGGGUAGCAUGCAAAAUUAAUGUGGUGAUGUUAUGCUGGAAUCGUAAGAAGAUAAAGGAGGUGCCCUCUGUAUUCUUGAGGUUUCUUUGUGAUGAAAUGACAGCCUGAGUAUUUAUUAUGAUGUGUGUUCAGAUCUCAUUGAUGUAUUAAUGCACCCGAAGCUGACAAGGAGCUUAUGAUGUUCAGUGUGCAGUUAUAAAUCUGUCGUUCCCGUGUGCACGUGUGUGUGUCAGUGUCAAAGAGAUGGCACCAAAAAUACAUGAUGUUUACAGGGAAUCCUACCAUGUACCUAUUAUACCUAUUGUUCAUGUAUUCACGUUAAUCAGUACUGCGGAAGAUCCUGAUUGAGACUGACAGACGUGUAUUAAUGUGCCAGCGCGUGUGUGUGCGCCAGUGCGCGUGUGUACGUUUGUGCAUUUGUGUGUAUGCGUGUGUUAACACUUCUGUAAAUAAGCGCCUGACUCAUCUAUCCGUCAGCCUUUAUCCGCCCAACCCUUUCUGGAACCCCACCUCCUGUCAUAGGCCCACGUCAGGGAUGGCAUCCAGAUGUGUGUUUUAACAAAGUUAGACUCUUAACCACCCCUUUAAAAAGUUAUUACUCUUCCAUAAUCAAAACAAACUGAGGGAUCUGACGAGCUCCACCAAUAGAACUUGCACAAGCAAAUCAGAUGCUCAUGUGGCCUUUGGGAGACAACAUUAGAUUAACAACAUGCAGAGCCUUGAAUUGGAUCACUAGUCACGAAUACUAAUGAAAAAAACAUAAUAAUGACAUCAUAAUUAUAUGGAGUUAAUUACAUUGCAGCUAGCUCCCUGGGAACAGGCAUACGAUUUUGAUUACAAAUGUAAUUAAUUCGGUUUAUUCUCUGGAUUGAUUAAUAAAGCCGAUUAGUCAUGUCAUUUGCAUGUCCUGGGUCGUGUUCAUUAGGCACAGAACAAAAGAUAAAUGGACCGAAACGGAAGAACUAGCUGAACUUUUCCAAUAAGAAAAGCUCAAUUUCUGUUUUAGCCAAGGUCUGUUUUGGUAAGGCGGCCUAAGGUCCCCUGCCUCGUGGUGGGAGAAUGUUGAAUGGAUUUAUAUUCUCAAGCUCCUGCAAAGGGGAAUGGGAGACCAGAGGCACAAACCUCCUCUUCCAGAGUGCCUUCAGAAAGUAACUUAACUUUUUCUACAUUUUGUUGUGUUACAAAGUGAGAAUUAUUUGUUUUCAAUUGUCCUUUUUGGUCAACGAUCUACACAAAAUACUUUGCACACCUGGAUUGUACAAUAUUUGCCCAUUAUUAUUAUAAUUUUUAAAUUCAAGCUGUGUCAAAUAGUUUGUUGAUCAUUGCUAGAAAGCCAUUUUCAAGUCUUGCCAUAGAUUUUCAUGCUGAUUUAUGUCAAAACUGUAACCAGGCCACUCAGGAACAUUCAAUGUUGUCUUGGUCUUGUGUUUUAGGUUUGUGUCCUGCUGAAAGGUGAAUUAGUCUCCCAGUGUCUGUUGAAAAGAAGACUGAAUCAGGUUUUCCUCUAGAAUUUAGCUUGUGCUGAGCUGUAUUCCGUUUAUUUGUAUCCUAAAAACUCCCUAGUCCUUUCUCCAUUGACAAGCAUACCCAUAACAUGGUACUCAGUGAUUUGUUGGAUUUGCCCCAAACAUAAUUCCCUGUAUUCAGGAUAAAAAGUAAAUUUAUUUUUG